CCGUUUUCCCAUCCUGCUUCACACAGGCAGAAGAUACCGUAAGUAACAGAUAACAUGAUAAGUAAUUGUUUUGCCUUUGUGGAAAAAGCUGAAAGGAUUAAUUCCCUUGAUGAUUUGAGAGUGUCCCUGCCAUGCCCCACCUCUUCAUCCCACAAUAGAGAGCUACCUUGCACCAGGUAAACCUUUGAUACUUUCCACCAAUCGGGUGUGAGGAACAGCAGAAGAACAACAACUGUUAUUCACCUCUGGGUGUGGUGGUCUCUUACUGUAGUGGAGGGCUGGAGGCCUUCUGGAACACGUUUUAACUGGAAGAAAGGACUGUGCAUUGAAACUAUUUAUUGUGUUAGUCAUUUAAAAAAAAAUUGGUUUGAGUAUGCAAUAUUGUAGUUCUUUCAUCAACACAUUAUUAGGCUAAUCCAUUGUUGUCACUAAGAAUCACCUGACAUUAACCAUAAUAUCUGAGCUCUAAUUGAUGGACACAGUAAACUAUAUAAAAUGGGUCUAUUUGCUUUUGUGCUAGUAAGGGAAUAGUUUAAUAAUUAGCCAAACCAGAUGUGUUUUUAUUGUAUUUUACAUAUAAUAUGCCAUGUGAAGGACAAGUUCACAAUUUUUUUAUCAUUGUAAAAGUGCAGUCUGGACUGUCAGGAGGCAGAUAUCUAUCGAACUAGUGUGAUUAGUGGAUGCAUCAGACCGAUCAUAAAAGAGCGAAGAGUUGUGUAUUCCAGCGAAAAAAAUCUGUAAAUCCUAAAGCUACAAGAAUGUUUUCCCCCACCCACAGGCAUACUCCAAAGACCCAUUUACUCAAGACAACGACGUUCUACCUGUUGAGCGGGCUAAACCUCUGCGUAAAACGAAUUAAUCCAAGAUAAAUCUACAGAAAAAAAAGAAGUGAUUUAUGAACAAAAGCACAAACAACGGAUUAACAUUUGUUAAGUUGCUCCAGUAAUCCAUAGUAAUCAAACUAAAGAAAGCUCAUUCUAAAAAGGUGGGCUGUCAACAUCCAGCCCCAAUCAUGGAUUGGAAAACCUUCCAAGCCCUCCUGAGUGGGGUGAAUAAGUACUCCACUGCGUUCGGCCGUAUCUGGCUCUCUGUGGUGUUUGUGUUCAGGGUAAUGGUGUACGUGGUGGCGGCAGAACGCGUGUGGGGCGAUGAGCAGAAGGACUUUGACUGCAACACCAAGCAGCCCGGCUGUGCUAACGUCUGCUACGACCACUACUUCCCCAUCUCCCACAUCCGCCUGUGGGCCCUGCAGCUCAUCUUCGUCACCUGCCCCUCCUUGAUGGUGGUGAUGCAUGUGGCGUAUCGCGAGGAACGUGAGCGCAAGUACCACGCCAAGCAUGGCAACAAGGCCAAGCUGUACGAGAACACAGGCAAAAAGCACGGCGGCCUCUGGUGGACCUACCUGCUCAGCCUCUUCGUCAAGACAGGCAUCGAGAUCUCCUUCCUCUACAUCCUCCACAAAAUCUAUGACAGCUUCUACCUGCCCAGGCUGGUCAAGUGUGAGGUCAGCCCCUGCCCCAAUCAGGUGGACUGCUACAUCGGCCACCCCACAGAGAAGAAGGUCUUCACCUACUUCAUGGUGGGCGCCUCGGCCCUCUGCAUCGUGCUCAACGUCUGUGAGAUCAUCUACCUCGUCUCCAAGGGCAUCGCUCGCAAAGCACAAAAGAUGAAGAGAAGAGAGCGCACCUUGGCCUUGCAUGAACUUUACAACAAGGAGAAUUCCUGCAGCGACUGCAGCACUCUACCUAUGUCUCGGCUGGAGAAACAAUCCUUAAAUCCCCAGGUUCCAGGCCACCUACAAGCCACCUUACCGGCUCAUAUGCAUGCUUCUGCCCCUAACCUGUCCUAGAGUGGAUGUCCACUCUAUCCCAAGACUGAACCAAACAUGAAGGCCUAUGGAGCCAGGCCUCACCUUAUUGGUCAAGCCUGUAUGAGAGACAGACUUUUCUGUCUCUACUGCCCUACUGCAAGCCUGUCGUGAGCCACAUUCCAUUUUAUACAACUAAACUCUUACUGCCAGACUGAAUAACCAACCCUUCCAACCCAUUUCCCUUUACUAUCAACGUUUCCCUUUCAAUGCAACAUAGCGAAACAAAAUGAACUAUUUAAGAGUUAGCAUGCAAAACUACUGUCACUAUGCAAUACAUUUUUUGUAGGUAAAACGCAUCGGAGUAGGAUUGUAUUGACACGCAUGACUCAGACCGUACUCAAAUCAAAUCAAAUUUAUUUAUAUAGCCCUUCGUACAUCAGCUGAUAUCUCAAAGUGCUGUACAGAAACCCAGCCUAAAACCCCAAACAGCAAGCAAUGCAGGUGUAGAAGCACGGUGGCUAGGAAAAACUCCCUAGAAAGGCCAAAACCUAGGAAGAAACCUUGAGAGGAACCAGGCUAUGUGGGGUGGCCAGUCCUCUUCUGGCUGUGCCGGGUGGAGAUUAUAACAGAACAUGGCCAAGAUGUUGAAAUGUUCAUAAAUGACCAGCAUGGUCGUAUAAUAAUAAGGCAGAACAGUUGAAACUGGAGCAGCAGCACGGCCAGGUGGACUGGGGACAGCAAGGAGUCAUCAUGUCAGGUAGUCCUGGGGCAUGGUCCUAGGGCUCAGGUCCUUCGAGAGAGAGAAAGAAAGAGAGAAUUAGAGAGAGCAUAUGUGGGGUGGCCAGUCCUCUUCUGGCUGUGCUGGGUGGAGAUUAUAACAGAACAUGGCCAAGAUGUUCAAAUGUUCAUAAAUUACCAGCAUGGUCGAAUAAUAAUAAGGCAGAACAGUUGAAACUGGAGCAGCAGCACGGCCAGGUGGACUGGGGACAGCAAGGAGUCAUCAUGUCAGGUAGUCCUGGGGCAUGGUCCUAGGGCUCAGGUCCUCCGAGAGAGAGAAAGAGAGAAUUAGAGAACGCACACUUAGAUUCACACAGGACACCGAAUAGGACAGGAGAGGUACUCCAGGUACUCUACACAGACCGGUGUGGCAUAACCAAUCAGAGCUGCAGUAGGCCUAUUUAUGAAAUUAGGCCUGCGGUGUGGUGUAUGGCCAAUAUACAUCGUGCAUAAGAAGGGCUGUUCUUAGGCACGACGCAAUGCGGACUGCCUGGACACAGUCCUUAGCCGUGAUAUAUUUGCCAUAUACCACAAACCCCCGAAGUGCCUUAUUGCUAUUAUAAACCACAGCUUUCAGCCAGUCAGCAUUCAGAGCUCAAACCACCCAGUUUAUAAAUGCAAAUUGAUCAUUGCCAUGUAUGGAUCUGUGCCAUUCGCUUUGAACUUGACUGUGUUUACAGCAUGAGCGGUCGUGAGUAGAUGCGCUUUUUUAUUUAUCAAAGCGAGAGCUGCUUGUAGCCACAUGUGCACAUUUUGUUCAUAUCCUUUGCUAGUUAGUGAGUUAUUAGCCCAGUUAUAAAUCAUUUGUAGUCAGCAAUGGGGGAGUGAUUGCUUCAUACAAGAGCACAAAACGUGUACAUUUCUUUGAAAAUACGAGUGGAGUAUGAGCUUUUUUUUGUUGUCUUAAAGGGGCAGUGUUGUAUUUUGAGACAGGUUUGACUAAGCUAAGUAGCCAAUAGGCAGCAGAGGGUAACAUCAUUUUUCUGAUUCUCUGAAAUAAUGUUAUGGGAAUAAUACUGCAUGUUAUUUUGUAAAGUGGUUUCUUACAUCAAACAAUACAAUAACCUUUUGUAACAGUCACCUCAUUGUCUGAAGGACAAGGUAAUGUCAAGCCCUGCAUGUUUUCUUUUAAGUCUCAUGGAAUGUAGGGCUACAUUGAACAUCACACAUUGGCUGCUACUGUAGGGUGAAUGAUAGAACAGCUAUUUCAAUGUUAAAAUGUUAUGAGACGCACUUUCUCCAUUGUUUUUGAUGGUAGGCCACUCUGGUAGGCCUACAUUAUGAUCAAAUAGCCACAGUAGCCUUCUUGACCACCGUCUGAACCUGUAAUUUAAAGUGGGUACAGCCUCAGCGUUCACAUUAAACACACGCUGGAAGUUGCACAGAAUUUUCACAAAACGGUCAAGUUUGCACUCAGCAGACAUGAAAUUUGCUCUGUGCCAAAAAAUAUUUGAGGGAACAGGUGGGAGGGCAAAGGGUGAAAUGCUCAAGAUUAGUCUAAACUGGACAGUGGCUUACCACUACUUGGUGAUGGUGCACCAACAUAAUUAAUCAUUUAUUUAGUUUUAUUUAAAGCAUGCAUUCUAAUAGAAGCUCCUCUACCAUUGAAUCACUUUUUAAAUGGUUUUACUCUAUUACAAGACUACAUCUGCAUGGUUCCUCUCAUAUUUAUGUUGUAAUGCCACAGAUUGUCUUUGUUUGUACAUGUUUGUACACAAAUGUUCCUCAUCCAAGGCCUAUGUUGAUUCAAAUGAGAGACAAGGAAUGCUGCUGUUUAAUUUAUCAAGUCCACGUAUGCAAGUAAAUGUUGGCAUCUUGGAAAGCUGGAGCACAAAAUCUGACUACAGAGAAAAGUGGAUAAAACAGUGUUUCUCAGUGAACAAUGGUGUGGACACCUGAUAGCCUCACAUUGUCAGGAACAGAACCUUCACAAUCAGCAUCAAACUUCUGUUUUGUGCAUUAUUUUUUAUAAAUAAAAUAUGAACAUUUAUUUUACUUUGGUAUCAUUCAU